GCGACGGGCUAAAGGGAUUGGGGGAGAUUUGUGAGUAAUGAGAAGGGCAAUUUGAUAAAUUCGCAGAGGUAGUUUAUUGGGUGACUACGAACCUCCCCGUUUACUCAUCUCUCCUCCUCUCCGUUGCUGCUGUUGUUUUUUUUAUUUUUAUUUUUAAUUUCCAAUUUUAUUGCUAAAAUUUAAACUUUCGUAUUAUCGUCCAAAACUCCAUAUUUUUGAUUUUCAGAUUUUAAUUUUUUAGCGAUUAAUCCCCAUCAUCAGAUUCGGGAGAAAGAGAAAAGUCUAUAUCUUGGUCUGAUUUCUGGCUGUGUUGGUGGUGGUGGUCGUGGUCGUCUUCUCAUUUGGCGGUCUCCCGACCGUGCUUGCUCCUCUCUGCAAUAAUCAACCAACCAUCUGAAUUCAUCCUGCAAUUUCGAGCUCCGAUCGCUGCUCUCAGGUGACUCAAAUAUGGGAUUCUGGUCUGAAUUGUGAACAUGUGAAAGUCUGAGUUAUGCGGUACUUGGUGUUCAGAAGCAUACAAGGGAAAGAUGAAUAUUCAGGCACAUAUGUCAGGACAAAUGUCAGGGCAGGUACCUAAUCAAGCUGGAAGUCAGUUGCCGGGAUUGCCACAGCAAAAUGGAAGUUCUCUCCCUUCCCAGAUUCAAAAUCUAGGUGGUCAUCGCAAUACAGGCAAUAUGGAUCCCGACAUUGUGAGAGCACGAAAAAGCAUGCAAGUCAAAAUCUAUGAAUAUCUUACACAACGACAGUCAUCUCCUUACGAUCUUCAACCGAAGAAGUUGGCAGAUAUUGUUAGACGCUUAGACGAUGUUUUAUUCAGGAGUGCUGCCACAAAGGAGGACUAUGCUAAUCUGGAUACCUUGGAGAGCCGUUUACAUGGUUCGAUUAAAAGCUUGUCUCUGAGUAGUCACAACCAACAAUUUCCACAAGCAGUUAAUUCUUCCUCUGCUGUUAGUACAAUGAUACCAACACCUGGUAUGUCACACAGCGGGAGCUCAAAUUUAAUGGUUACAUCUUCUGUAGAUACUUCCAUGAUUGCUGCUAGUGCAUGUAAUAGCAUAGCACCUACAACUGUCAACACUGGGAGCCUGUUGCCAGCUGGCGGUGGGUCCUCAGUUGGCAUACACAGCAGUUCAUUCAAUUCAUCUGAUGGAUCCCUGUGUAAUGGAUAUCAGCAAUCAACAUCCAGUUUUUCCAUUGGCUCUGGUGGAAACAGCAUGAUGUCUUCAAUGAGUGGGCAAAGAAUCACAAGCCAAAUGAUUCCUACGCCUGGAUUUAAUAGUAAUAAUAAUCAGUCUUACAUGAAUUCAGAAUCUUCCAAUAAUGGGGGUGGGUUUUCGAGUGUUGAAUCCACAAUGGUAUCACAACCUCAACAACAAAAGCAGCAUGUUGGUGGUCAAAACAUCCGUAUAUUGCACAACCUUGGCAGUCAAAGGGGUAGUGGAAUUAGGUCCGGUUUGCAGCAGAAAACUUAUGGUUUUUCAAAUGGGGCUUUAAAUGGUGGGUUUAUUGGGAACAAUAUGCAACUGGUGAAUGGACCCAGCACUUCUGAUGGCUAUCUGUCUGGCACACUGUAUGGUGAUUCAUCCAAACCUUUACAGCAGCAGUUUGAUCAACAUCAGCGACCCCUUAUUCAGGGUGAUGGAUAUGGGAUGAACGCUGCUGAUCCUUCUGGGUCUGCAAACUUCUAUAAUACUGUAACAUCAGCUGGAUCAAUGAUGAAUACUCAAAAUUUGAAUCCAGUUAGCUUGCAGUCGAUGUCCAAAACCAACUCCACUUUGAUACCCAAUCAGUCGAAUUUGCACAAUGCACAACAGGCUGUGCAUAUGAAGCCUCAAUCGGUCAGUCAAUCAGAAAAGGUGAACUUCCAAUCUCCACUCUCAUCGAGGGAAAACCUCUUACAAUCUCAUCAACAGCAACAAUUUCAGCAACAACCUCAUCAGUUUCAACAACAGUUUGUUCCACAUCAACGUCAACAGAAGCCACCAAGUCAGCAGCACCAGAUUUUGAUAAAGAAUGAUGCUUUUGGUCAGCCUCAGCUGACAUCUGAUCUAAGCAGUCAAGUAAAGGCUGAGCUUGGAGGGGAACACCAUAACGAAAUUCUGAAUUCACAAGUUUCUGACCAGUUUCAACUUUCUGAGUUGCAGAAUCAAUUCCAGCAGAACUCUUCUGAUGACCAUUCUAGAGGUGCUCAGUUGCACUCUCUACCAUCUGGAACGCAGGAAAUGUGUUCAUCAGUGUCUCAAAAUUCACAACAAAUUCAACAGUUGUUACAUCCACAGCAGUUGAUUGCGGAGUCUCAAAAUGAUUUUAGCUGCCUAUCUAUUGGAGAACAAUCAGAAUCAGUUCUGCAUGGUCAAUGGCAUCCUCAAUCACAAGGCAGGCCUCAAAUAUCAGGCAACUUGUCGCAUGAUCAGCAUGUCCAAGAAGAGUUCCGUCAGCGAAUAACCAGGCACGAUGAAGCCCAGCGCAAUAAUUUGUCUUCAGAGGGAUCUAUCAUUGGUAAAACUGUUACUCCCCGAAGCACAGGGGAGUCUCAAUUAAGUGCUGCUGCCUGUAAAUCGGCAAACAGUAACCGGGAACGGCAGUUUAAGAAUCAACAGAGGUGGCUUUUGUUCUUGCGACAUGCUCGUCGUUGUGCAGCCCCAGAAGGAAAAUGUCAAGAUGUUAAUUGCAUUACUGUUCAAAAGUUGUGGAGGCAUAUGGACAGAUGUAAUCUGCCACAAUGUUCAUUUCCCCGUUGCCAGCAUACCAGGGUAUUGCUUCAUCACCACAAACAUUGCAGGGACCCAGGAUGUCCUGUUUGUAUUCCUGUCAAGAAUUAUUUGGACUUACAACUGAGAGCACGCACUCGUCCAGGUUCUGAUUCUGGCUUGCCAACUCCUAUAGAUGGAUCCUGUAAAUCCCAUGAUACUGUAGAGACAGCUAGAUUGACUUCAAAGGCUUCUUCAGUUGUUGAAACCUCUGAAGAUCUGCAGCCUUCAUCAAAACGCAUGAAAACAGAGCAGCCCUCCCAAUCUCUUCUUCCUGAAAGUGAAAGUUCUGCAGUAUUGGUUCCUGUAAUUACUGAAUCUCAUGUUCCACAGGAUGUACAACGCCAAGAAUACCGACAUGGUGAUGUUAGUAUGCCAAUUAAAUCUGAGUUUACAGAAGUGAAGAUGGAAGUUCCUGUGAACUCUGGGCAGGGAAGUCCUAAGAUUAGUGAACUAAAGAAGGAUAAUUUGGAUGAUAUCUACAACCAAAGGCCUGAUAGUGAACCUAUUAUAUAUGAUGAGUCUGCUGGUUUUGCUAAGGAAGAAAAUGUUAAACUUGAGAAAGAGAAUGAUCAGGCUAGGCAGGAAAAUGUGACACAGCCUUCUGAAAGUAUUGGAACCAAAUCUGGGAAGCCAAAAAUAAAGGGGGUUUCAUUGACUGAACUGUUCACGCCAGAGCAAAUCAGGGCCCAUAUUACAGGUCUCAGGCAGUGGGUUGGACAGAGCAAGGCCAAGGCAGAAAAGAAUCAAGCAAUGGAGCGUUCGAUGAGUGAGAACUCUUGUCAGCUGUGUGCAGUUGAGAAGCUUACUUUUGAACCUCCACCUAUAUAUUGCUCACCAUGUGGUGCUCGUAUUAAGAGAAAUGCAAUGUAUUAUACCAUGGGAACUGGUGAUACGCGACAUUAUUUCUGUAUACCAUGCUAUAAUGAAGCCCGAGGAGACAGUGUCGUGGUUGAUGGGACUUCUCUUCCCAAAGCAAGGCUGGAGAAGAAGAAAAAUGAUGAGGAGACUGAAGAAUGGUGGGUUCAAUGUGACAAAUGUGAAGCUUGGCAACAUCAAAUUUGUGCCUUGUUCAAUGGUCGGAGGAAUGAUGGUGGGCAGGCUGAAUAUACUUGCCCUAAUUGCUAUAUAACAGAGAUUGAGAGAGGAGAGCGUAAACCAUUACCUCAGAGUGCUGUUCUUGGGGCUAAAGAUUUGCCAAGGACAAUUCUUAGUGACCACAUAGAACAGCGGUUAUUUAAAAGACUCAAGCAGGAAAGGCAAGAGAGGGCAAGGCUUCAAGGGAAAGGUUUUGAUGAGGUUGCUGGAGCUGAAGCACUUGUGAUUAGAGUUGUCUCAUCAGUUGACAAAAAGUUGGAAGUGAAGCAGCGGUUCCUUGAAAUUUUUCAAGAAGAGAAUUACCCAACGGAAUUCCCUUAUAAAUCUAAGGUAAUUUUGUUGUUUCAGAAGAUUGAAGGAGUAGAAGUAUGCUUAUUUGGGAUGUAUGUUCAAGAAUUUGGAUCAGAAUGUCUAUUCCCAAAUCAACGUCGUGUUUAUCUCUCAUAUCUGGAUUCUGUGAAGUACUUCAGGCCUGAGAUUAAAUCAGUGACUGGGGAGGCUCUCCGUACAUUUGUUUACCAUGAAAUUCUGAUUGGAUAUCUCGAAUACUGUAAGAAGCGGGGUUUCACAAGUUGCUAUAUAUGGGCUUGUCCUCCUUUGAAGGGUGAAGACUAUAUAUUGUAUUGCCAUCCUGAAAUUCAGAAAACACCAAAAUCUGAUAAACUCAGAGAAUGGUAUUUAUCAAUGUUAAGAAAAGCUGCCAAGGAAAAUAUUGUGGUCGACCUUACUAAUUUAUAUGACCAUUUCUUUGUAUCUACUGGUGAAUGUAAGUCUAAGGUAACUGCAGCUAGGCUUCCGUAUUUCGAUGGUGAUUACUGGCCUGGUGCUGCGGAGGAUAUGAUCUAUCAGCUUCAACAAGAAGAAGAUGGCAGAAAACUACAUAAGAAAGGAACUACCAAAAAGACUAUAACAAAAAGGGCUCUAAAGGCAUCCGGUCAAUCUGAUCUUUCUGGCAAUGCUUCAAAGGAUUUACUACUAAUGCAUAAACUUGGUGAAACCAUAAGCCCAAUGAAGGAAGAUUUUAUAAUGGUUCACUUGCAACAUGCAUGUACUCAUUGUUGUCAUCUGAUGGUAUCUGGAAACCGUUGGGUUUGCCACCAGUGCAAGAAUUUUCAGCUUUGUGAUAAGUGUUAUGAAGCAGAGCAAAAACUUGAAGAGAGAGAGAGACAUCCUGUCAAUCACAGGGACAAACAUCUACUCCAUCCAGUUGAAAUCAACGACGUACCUUCAGAUACUAAGGAUAAGGAUGAGAUUCUGGAGAGUGAAUUCUUUGACACCAGACAGGCAUUUCUGAGUCUUUGUCAAGGAAAUCAUUAUCAAUAUGAUACCCUACGCCGGGCUAAACAUUCCUCUAUGAUGGUCCUUUACCAUCUUCACAAUCCAACUGCACCUGCUUUUGUGACUACAUGUAAUAUAUGUCACCUUGACAUUGAAGCUGGUCAAGGUUGGCGUUGUGAGGUUUGCCCCGAUUAUGAUGUGUGCAACGCAUGUUAUCAAAAGGAUGGGGGUAUUGACCAUCCACAUAAAUUGACCAAUCAUCCGUCCAUGGCCGAUCGUGAUGCACAGAAUAAAGAAGCAAGGCAGCUACGAGUUUUACAGCUAAGAAAAAUGCUUGAUCUACUGGUGCAUGCAUCUCAAUGCCGUUCUCCACAUUGUCAAUAUCCAAACUGUCGCAAAGUGAAGGGCCUUUUCCGCCAUGGGAUACAAUGCAAAACACGGGCGUCUGGUGGUUGUCUUCUCUGCAAGAAAAUGUGGUAUCUCCUUCAACUUCAUGCUCGAGCUUGCAAGGAAUCUGAAUGCCAUGUACCACGUUGCAGAGAUCUGAAGGAGCAUUUGAGGAGGCUGCAGCAGCAGUCUGAUUCUAGGCGAAGAGCUGCUGUGAUGGAGAUGAUGAGACAGAGAGCUGCAGAGGUUGCUGGUAAUGCUGGAUGACCAAUUUGUACAUAAAAAAAUGGACGUCUUGGAGAAAAGCUUCCAGAUAGAUAGAGAGAGAGGGUGGUAGGUUAUAGUUUUGUGCUACUCUGCUAAGGGACUGUUCGGAACCAGGUUGCGAGGACAAAAGUGGCAGGUCUACAACCAUCUGGGGCUGAAGCAAGUGAAGUAUAGCAGAUUGGUUAAUAAUCACUGGGUAGGGAACAAUUCUUUCAUUCAUAUCUCCAAUGCAAUAUCAGAAUUCUCCCCAAGAAAGGAAAACAGAAGGAAAAAAAGAAAAGAAGAAAAAAAGUUUGAGUUAAUAGAGCAGAGCAGAGCAGAGCAGAAGGUGAGAGGUGCCCUCUUGUUCCACAGUUGCUAACCAAUGCCCUCUUUGGAGUAGAAGUACUGAUAGUGUUGUGUCUGUCUGUGGCUCCCCCAUUCUGUGAUUCUUUCAUUUUAUCCUCUUGUAUUCCAACCAAGAUGUGUCCAUCCCAUCCUAGGUUGGGACUGUACUAUAAUUGUUCUAAUCUGUCUAAAAAUGUUUGCUUACAAAGGAAUUUGGGAGGGAGCUUAGUCUCAGUCUCAGGUUGUUCUCCUCUUUCUUUA